UAGCUGCUUGUGUGAGCUGCAGAUCUGCGCUGCCCGGACUGCAGCUACUGACGACAGCGGGCGAAAGAAAACCAAAACUCUCCGUGUGGCUUGUAAACUUUGAGCUAUGACAGAAGUUGUGGUCAUGAAACCGCUCUCUGACUGCACCUGACGGCGGACAGCGGGCUGACACUCUGAUACCACGCUUUCUGGACGGGUUUAGGGGAGUAUCGGGACGGUUAUGUCGCUCGUGACUCCUGAUUUGGAGUAUAAAACACUUGCUGAGUGUAACUAUGCCUUCCCAACUGAAGUUCUGGCUGAUAUCAAGGAGGUGGAAACUGCAUUUCCAGAUCUGCAACUACAUGUAGAGUUUUACUAUUAUCCCAACAAUGACCGGAAGAAGCUGGUUAACUUGCGUGGCACUGUUCCCAUUGUUUAUGAAGGUAACAAAUACAACAUCCCAGUGUGCAUCUGGAUCCAUGAGACCCACCCACAGAACCCACCUAGGUGCUACGUCUGUCCCGUAUCCUCCAUGGUGAUUAACAGCAGGAGUAGCAGUGUGGACGCCCGGGGCCAUGUGCGUCUUGAUUGCCUCAGCAACUGGAAGACUGGCUGGUCCAACCUGUCUAUUGUGCUGGAGGAGAUGGUUGCCGCGUUUCAACGGGAGACGCCCCUUUUUGCCACGCCUCCUGUUAGAGCUGCCAAACUACCUCCUGGCACAAAGCAUUUACCCGCAGAAUGGCACGAUCAUCCUAAAACUUCCUCAACUCAUGGCAGUUGGCCUCAAGCUGGCAGUAACUCUGCUCAGAGAAAAUCAUCUCACCCUGAGAUGUCUUCAUCCUCAAUGAGCCAUUCUGCCAGCAACAUGCUACCCAAGAGUGCAAAGGAUGCAGCUGAAGGAAGCGGGGUGAAGAGAUCCUACACUCAGGAGCUGUUGGACUUUGGAAUAACAUUUAGUGCGCCAGAUGUCCAAAGCCGCCCUCCAACAAACCCAUUUAUCAGCAGUGCCACUGCUCCAAACACAAAUGUCUCAAAUCCAGAUGACCUCGACAACAUGUUUAAAAGUCUUCAGCUGGAAAGGGUCGUCAAUAUGUACCAGCUGGACCACAGAGACCAAGACAUUCCCCAUGCUUGGAGGCAGAGUCAGGGACAUGAAGAUGGUCGCCUUGUCCAGCCAGGCUUACUGGAUAACCGGCACAGGGUGUUGAUCAGCCAUCUCCCUGUGGGGGUCUCUCCGAAUAAAAUCAAAAACAAGCUCACCAUUUACUUCCAAAGGAAACUGAAUGGUGGAGGGGAGGUGGUGGCAGUGAUAUAUCCUUCUGUCCAACCAGAUCAGGCCGUGGUAACCUUCAGACACUACAGAGAUGCAGAGUAUGUUCUGAGAGAGCCGAACCGGGUCAUUGCCGUGGACGACCAGCAAGUUUUCAUUCAGUUGAAAAAGUUUGAGGGUUCUGAGGUACUCAUCCCAGAGGGCGUCAGGGGCGAGAAAGCAGAGAUGUUCAGGAGUAUCCUGAGCCUGGGGGACUGCAACUUCAACCCUGCAGAUGUGCUAGAAGCUGUGCAGGCGUGCCGGGACCUCCCGUCCGCUCUCAAGUACCUCUCUCAUGACUGCCCCAUCUGCCAGGAACAGAUGUCCUUCGGCAAGAUGAUCACCAUGACCCACUGCUCGUGUACGUUCUGUGAAAGCUGCUUCAAAGCCUACUUCUCGUCCGUCAUUAAAGAGAAGAGCAUCGUCCAUGCGGUUUGCCCUAUGUGUAAUCAGCCCGAUGUUCGUGGAGCUGGACGCAGGGAGGAGUCCAUGGAGUACUUCAGCCUGCUGGACACUCAGAUCAGGCACUAUCUAGACCCACAAACUCAUGAGCUGUUUCAGAGGAAGCUGAGGGACCAGGCGCUGCAGGAGAUGCCAAAUUUCCGCUGGUGUGCUCAUUGUUCUUUUGGGCUUCUCCACGAGGCUGACAGACUGAGGAUGGAUUGCCCCAACUGUGGAAAAAGCACAUGCUUUAAUUGCAAGAGCCCUUGGGCUUCCCAACAUGAGGGACUUUCCUGUGAGAAGUUCAAAGAGUGGCAGCAGCUGAAUAGCCCUGAAUAUCAAAACUCACGUCUGGAACUCCUUCUCAGCAGGAACAAAAUAGAUUGCCCGAAAUGCAGAUUCCGGUUCUUUCUGUCUAAGGGCGGUUGUUUACAUUUUAAGUGCACUCAAUGCCAGCACGAGUUUUGUGGAGGCUGCAGUCGUCCAUUCAGAAACGGCUCUGCAUGCAAUUUCUCAGCUGAAUGCGGCACUAAAGGGUUACACGCCCACCACCCCAGGGACUGCCUGUACCACCUCAGAGACUGGGAUGUGGCCAGACUUUGCAGCCUGUUGCAGCACCAUGGAGUUGCACACCCACUCAUCUACAGCCAGAGGGAUGGAUCUGUGCUGGGGAGUCAGAGAGUUGUGUGUGCUGUGUUUGAGCACAAAGAGUUGGGGAGCCCGAGAGAGGAACCUUGUGGGAGGGUGGCAUUGCCAGAAUACAACGGUUACUGCACGCUGCAUUACAAGGAGUGUCUGGUGGAGCUGAUUAAACAGAAUGGAUUAGACCCAGUGGUGCUGUUCACUGAGCCAGAACUGCGGGCAGAACUGGACCGCUGGAAGAUUCCCGUUCCGGAAAAACAGCCUCCUGAAUCUGACAGGCUCUACAGUGAUCGCCUACGACAGAUCCUGGUCCAGAGGGUUGGUUUGACACGUCCUUCUGCUGCUGCAGCUUCACAACUAAAGCCAAGCGUUCCUCCGACCCCAUCGCCUUCUCCAUCUACUCCCCCAGCCGCCGGGGCUCCGUGGUACUCGGUGCUGAACCCAGGCAGAGCCUUACCCGAAGACACUCAACUGCUGCUGCUGCUGAAUGACUGAACAGCACAUACUAACCAAAUACUCACAGUCAGAGAGUGUGUGUGUGUGUUGCCAGCAGGUACCAGGUGCUGUAGAGAUGUGUCUCAUUCACUUAUUAACUGUUCAGUUCAGUGUAGGUUGGAGCUUUUGUUGCAGCUGAGGAAUAAAACACCUACCACAGCUGAGGGAGCAGGAACUGCAGCACUGCAUUCUCUUGUUGUGUAAAGUGCAGUUAGUAAGUAUUUGCACUGACAGUCUUGUGUGUGCUCGGGAUUUGGUUCAAGUAUUCAGACACACUGGAUUUAACAGACAGAUUUAAUAUGCAGAAUAUAAAGGGUACUUUUGUCUGUACUUUAGAACUGACAUGCCAAAAAAAAAAGUAAUCGAAUAGCAAAAUGUAAAUAGAUCGUAAUGUAUUACCUCAAGACAUGGCUUGGUGGGGUGCACAUCUGUACAAGUUGUGAGGUGUUUUCUUGUGAGUAAGCCUGUCAUUGGCCAUGGGACAGGAUUAGUUUCUCAGGGGGACAACUGUGAAAAAUAUUUCACACUUCUACUUUGUAAGGCUUUCUCAGGCUUUCUUAAUCACGUGACAUCGCGUUCAGUAGCUCCUCCAUUUCCACUCGCUGUUGUGUUUACGUGGAUCUCCGUGGAAACCUGUGACAGAAGUGUAACUAUGGUGCAUGGCAGUGGAAAAUAGCUAUUUUAUUAAACGCGAGGUAAUGAAACUCAGAAAUUACUCUGGACAGAAAUAAAAUAAUCAGAUGACCAGAUGAGUUCAGCGAAAAACAGUAGAUAAUUCAGCCUGUAAUUUUAUGAGAAAAACACAUACAUAGUCGUUUCGGACGGAAAUAAAAUCACAGAGGAUCAAAUCACAAAAUUGUCCAAGUAAACAGAAAUCACAUUCACAUUCAUAACGGGAGACCCCACUCGCAUAUUCCUCACAUCAAUGCAGUGUAAUUCAGCUUACAUUGGACAUGGAAAGUCAUGUGACACAAUACUAUUUUGGCAUGUCAGUGUAUGUUGGAAUUUCUGACAUUCUGCAAUUUAUGCUUAUAAUCCAGUGUGCUUGAGUACAGAUUCACACUCACACUUACUGUCCUAAUACUUACACUUCCUCUCGUGCACCAUUUUAACAUGUGGUUUAAUUUUAAGGACAGAGUGAAGCACCUGAUCAGGAUCAAGUUUCAUAUUCACACUCACAGGUGCACUUCAUCCUCUGCUUUAGCACUAAAACCCAGAGUUAAGUACUUACCAUAUUAGAGCAAUGCCUAAUUUGUUCAGAGUUUUGUAUUAAGGUGUUUUUUUUACACACUCCGUCAUUUUAGAGUAACUUUGUUUUAAUAGAAGUAGUUAUUUGUAAAUUCAUGUGCAUGAAUGCAGUUUUAAUGAGCACAGGAAUGCACUUUUUCAUGCCGAUUGUGACGUGGAUAUUUAAAAAUAAUAAUGAUGAUGCCGAGUGCCGCAGUGAAACCAUUUGAAAAAAAAACACUAAUAAUAUAUCUUUAACUUUGUGAAUAACUGUGAAAAUAAAAUGUUUAUUUUUUCUA